AUGGAGGGGCUGCUGCACUACAUAAACCCAGCACAUGCCAUUUCCCUCCUGAGCACGCUGAACGAGGAGCGUCUCAAGGGACAGCUGUGUGACGUUGUGCUCAUAGUAGGAGACCAGAAAUUUCGAGCUCAUAAGAAUGUUCUGGCUGCCAGCAGCGAAUACUUCCAGACUCUGUUCACAAACAAGGAGAAUGAGGCCCAGUCAGUGUUUCAGCUUGACUUCUGUGAGCCAGAUGCUUUUGAUAAUGUGCUGAACUACAUUUAUUCUUCGUCCUUGUUCAUUGAGAAGGGCAGUCUCGCAGCUGUGCAAGAGCUGGGCUACAGUCUCGGAAUAUCCUUUCUUACAAACAUUGUUUCCAAGAAUCCCCAAGCUCCUUUCCCUGCUUGCCCUAUUAAGAAAAUACUGUACCAAGAUGAAGAUGAAAGUAGUUCUCAGAAGAGAAGUGUCAUUGUCUGUCAGAACAGAACUGAAGCACAAGCGAAAAGUGUAAAUCAAACCCAACAUGACUUAAGCCAUAGUUGUAAACCUUCUCCCUCUCUGGCUGUCAAAACUAGCAGCAGACCACAGGUAACAAAACCUACUGAAACCCUUCACAGUUUGUCACUGACUGAGAGGAGGUGGCUGAAAGAAAGCCCUGCGACCUACACAAAGGUUCACGAAUCUUCUGGAAGUGUGGAGGAUCAGAGCAGAGGUGGGUUAGGGAAAAGGAACACAGUACUGCCUCAGAUGCCUUUAGCAGAGAAGGAAAUUGCAGGUGAUGAGCCAGGAAGCAGUGGUCAGCUGUUAAGAGGAAAGGCUGCAGAGAUGUCAUUGAAACGACCACGUCCACCAGUCUUGUCUCUGCGUGGGGCGUCGGAAUCCACGUUCUUGCUGCGAGAGGCAGGAAAGGGGAACGGUCAAGGUGAAGACAGGAAUUUGCUGUACUACUCAAAGUUAGGACUGGUAAUCCCAUCGAGUGGGUCUGGUCCAGAAAACCAAAGUAUCGACAGAAGUGGGCCCCUUGUCAAAAGUCUUCUCCGAAGGUCACUGUCCAUGGACAGCCAAGUUCCUAUUUACUCACCCUCUGUUGACCUAAAACCAGCACAGGUAUCAUCCUCCUCCUCACCAGGAACUAAUGAUUCCCAGAAGACUUUUAAUGUUAUGUCUCAAAAGUCAUCCUUGAAAGAGUCAUCAGAGAAGUUAGUCUUGGAUGAGAAACCACAGGUAAUACACCCACAUCGCCUUAGGUCUUUCAGUGCCUCUCAGACAACAGACAGGGAGGCUUCUCCCCUCUCGGAGGUGCGAAUAAAAACUGAACCUAGCAGCCCACUCUCAGACCCUGCUGAAAUCAUCAGAGUUACAGUGGGUGAUGCCUCAGCAUCGACAAAUAAAGACUUUGCUUUUAAAACAGAGGAUGAUCACAAGGAACCAAGUAGGCUCCCAGCCAAAAGGAGAUUUCAGGAUGAUAGAAGACUACCAUUUAAGAAACUGAAGAUGGAUGAGCAGGGCUCUCCUGGGUCAGAAGAGAACUUUGAGGAAGUCUCCAGCCCUACGCACCUUGAUGCUGAUUUUCCCGAUUCUGAUGUCAGCAAAGACGAAUUCAGCGAGAUGGAAGAAGCGAGACCAAAUAAAAAGUUCAAAUGCAAACACUGCCUUAAAAUUUUCCGAUCGACAGCAGGUCUUCAUCGUCACGUCAACAUGUAUCAUAAUCCAGAGAAGCCCUAUGCUUGUGACAUAUGCCACAAGAGGUUUCACACCAAUUUCAAAGUGUGGACACACUGCCAGACACAGCACGGAAUCGUGAAGAAUCCCUCACCGGCUUCCAGUUCACACGCCCUACUGGAUGAGAAAUUCCAAAGGAAACUCAUCGAUAUAGUGAGAGAGAGAGAGAUUAAAAAGGCUCUGAUCGUGAAACUGCGACGUGGCAAGCAGAGCUUCCAGGGACAGUCUGCUUCCCAGGCACAGCAGGUCAUCAAAAGGAACUUGAGAUCGAGAACCAAAGGAGCCUAUAUUUGUACCUACUGUGGGAAAGCUUAUCGUUUCCUCUCGCAGUUUAAACAGCACAUAAAAAUGCACCCAGGGGAGAAACCGAUUGCAGGGAAUAAGGCUCCUAAGCAGAAGGAUCACGCUCACAUGGAAAGCCCAGCGGAAAACAAGGAGGUCUAUCAGUGCCGUCUCUGCAACGCUAAACUCUCCUCGCUCAUCGAGCAGGGGAACCACGAGCGGCUCUGUCGGAACGCCACCGUCUGCCCUUACUGCAGCCUUAGAUUUUCCUCUCCAGAGCUGAAGCACGAGCACGAAAGCAAGUGUGAGUACAAGAAGCUCACCUGCCUCGAGUGCAUGCGUACCUUCAAAUCCUCCUUCAGCAUUUGGCGCCACCAGGUUGAAGUUCACAAUCAAAACACGAUGGCUCCCGCAGAGAACUUCUCUUUACCCCUCAUGGAUCACAACGGAGAGAUAACGAGCUCCUCGAGGUUGCCUCCGCAGCCAGAAUCCAAUAAAAUGAACAAUUUUGUGGCUGCUAAGGAGGAUGGUGUAUUCAGUGACUCGUCAGAACAGAUCAACUUUGAUUCUGAGGAUUCCUCAUGCCUACCUGAAGACUUGAGUGUUUCCAAGCAGUUUAAAAUUCAGAUCAAGGAAGAGCCUGCAGAUGAUAUGGAGGAUGAGGUCACCGAAACGAGCAGAGAGCCCAAGGACAUGGUGUCCAACAAAGACACUGGUUUGUGGCCCUGUGAGAAGUGUGGGAAGAUUUUCACCGUACGCAAACAGCUGGAGCGUCACCAGGAGCUCCUGUGCUCCGUGAAGCCAUUUAUCUGCCACGUCUGCAACAAGGCCUUCCGAACCAACUUCCGCCUGUGGAGUCACUUCCAGUCUCACAUGUCACAGGCUGCAGAGGAGUCCACCAAUAAAGAGCCUGAGAUAUGUCCACCAGCGAAUUCCCCAUCCCCACCACCCUUACCUCCGCCCCCUCCGCUCCCCAAAAUCCAGCCCUUGGAGCCUGACAGUCCCACAGGCUUGGCUGAGAGCUCCAGUGCUCCUGAGAAAUUGUUUGUGCCCCAGGAGUCAGACACUCUCUUCUAUCACGCGCCGCCGCUCUCUGCAAUCACUUUCAAAAGACAAUACAUGUGCAAACUCUGUCACAGGACUUUCAAGACAGCCUUUAGUCUCUGGAGCCAUGAACAGACACACAAUUAG